GGCAGGCUUUCCCUCUUCCUCCCCCUGUCCCCAUCCUCGUUCCCCAACUCCUCUCCUCGUCUUCCCUCAGCCUCUCUCGCGCACAUACACGCGCGCACACACACACACACACACAUGCACAAUACUGCCAAAAACUGUCCUCCACCCCCCUGCUCAGCUAACUUCCUUUCAGCAUUUUUUUGAGCUGGAUAAUCCUAGGAUUUGUGAAACAGGGGAAAGGAGAGUGCGAGCGAGCGGGAGUCAGGACAGGAAGCUGGUUUCUCAUUCCUCUAACUGUCCGAAGGCAGGAGGAGGGGAAGGGGGGGAGCCAAAGAGGAGCCUUCUGCAGAUUCUUCCCUGGUCCCUUUUCAUUAGUCCGUUUGAACUUCCAGACUCCUCUGAAAGCCGAGAGCAGGACGACCAGACUGGGAAGCUUUCUGCUGGAAGUGGCCACGGCACAACUGAUGAAAUCCAGAAGGUGUCCAGGACCGUACUGAGGGAAAGACGUCCUCCCCCCACCAUUGCCUGCCCCCAGCUUGCCAGCUCCAAUGUGGGCACCCGUCCACCACCCACUUCCCUCUGAUGAGAACCCUUCCGGGCUCGGGCUAUGAUCACUGCUGCUGCCGGCUGGAGAGGCUCCUCUUGCCCUGAUCUUUCUCUGCCACGGGAGCAACCCAACAUCUGGUGGGGAUUAAUGUUUACUUCUCUGACUGGACGCAGCACGGGACCCCCGAUGUUGCUCCCUGGGAGCGGGACACGGGCGGUGGUCUGAGGAGAAAAGCGAGAUUUUUGUCACCCAGCGUGAGGCUGGGGGGAGGGGGGCAAGGUAGGAGGGGGGAAAACCUCUUUUGGGACUAACCUCAUGAAGAACAAGGGAGCCAAACAGAAACUCAAGAGGAAGGGAGCCGCGAGCGCAUUCGGCUGCGACCUGACGGAAUAUCUGGAGAGCUCUGGGCAGGAUGUACCUUACGUGCUGAAGAGCUGUGCGGAGUUCAUUGAAACUCAUGGCAUCGUGGAUGGGAUCUACCGCCUUUCAGGAGUGACAUCCAACAUACAAAAGCUGAGACAAGAGUUUGUUUCUGACCAAUGCCCGGAUCUGACAAGGGAAGUUUAUCUGCAGGACAUCCACUGUGUGGGGUCACUCUGCAAGCUGUACUUCAGGGAGCUGCCCAACCCUCUCCUCACUUAUGAGCUCUACAAGAAAUUCACGGAAGCAGUAUCACGCUUCCCCGAGGAUGAGCAGCUGGCACGAAUUCAAAAUGUCAUCCAGGAGCUCCCACCAUCGCACUACAGAACACUGGAAUACCUGAUCAAGCACCUGACUCAUCUGGCCUCUUUCAGCAACAUGACCAACAUGCACACCAGAAACCUGGCCUUGGUGUGGGCUCCCAAUCUUCUCAGGUCAAAGGAGAUUGAGGCAGUUGGCUGUAAUGGAGAUGCAGCUUUCCUGGAGGUGCGAGUACAGCAGCUGGUGAUUGAGUUCAUCCUGAAUCAUGUGGAUCAGAUCUUCAACAACAACAGAAAAGCCAGCUCUGCAGACAGCAUUGAGAGCGCAUCAGUUGUCAAAAGUCUGACCCUGCCCUCAGCCUCCCUGCCGAUGAAACUAGUGAGCCUGGAAGAAGCACAGGCACGGAGCCUAUCUGCCUCCCACCCUGCUCGGAAGGAGAGGAGAGAGAACAGUCUGCCUGAAAUUGUCCCUGUAACUGGGUCUCUCUUCCACACAGUUGUUGACCUCCCUGACAGCAAGAGAAAAUUAUCUACCAAGUCCAAGAAAUGGAAGUCGAUAUUUAACUUGGGCCGUUCUGGCUCGGAAUCAAAGUCUAAACUGAGUCGAAAUGGGAGCGUCUUUGUAAGGGCACAGAAGCUCUCUGAAAAAGCAACUAUUCGUCCAGCGAAGAGCAUGGACUCCCUAUGUUCCCUGCCAGUGGAAGGGGAGGAUGAAAAGAGCAGAUUCAAACGAACAGUGACUACUGGAGGGUUUUUUGUUCCAGUAAUGAAGAUACGGACAGGUGGCACAGGUAGUUCAUACGACCUCAGCAAGGAGAAUGAAUGGGAGCGGGAAGGAUCUGCCAUGGGAGCCAAAGGAAGCUCAGAGCUGAGUGGGGAGAAAGGUCCUCCCCGGACACCGCAGGCCAAGUCACCCCCUGAGCAACUGAAGGUCUUCCGGGCAGCAGAGAAUGCUGAAAGUGAGCAGACUUCCCCCAAAGGUGGUCGCAUGUUCUACACUUCGGAAACAGCCACCAAGUCAGGUUUCCCAAGCAGCCUUUUUCCCUUAGAGGCCUCCCCUCGUCACCAGAGGAAAGCCCUGAACAUUUCUGAGCCUUUCGCUGUCUCUGUCCCGCUGCGGGUGUCCGCAGUCAUCAGCACCAACAGCACACCCUGCCGCGUGCCCACCAAGGAGAAGCUGUCCCUCUCCAGCCUCGAGGAGCUGUCUUCUCUGGUGACUGAGAGCACUAGCCCUUCUGCCCUGGAAGCUGGGACCCACGCAAGGACAGAGCAGGCACCAGAGUGGAAGGAGAAACAGCUGGGGCCCACCCUGCCAGCAUCAGUAUCCAGAGGCCCUCACCCUGAGGAGCUGGUAGCAGCCAGGAAAUCUGAGUCCUCAGACACUCCACAGCCAGCAGCAGAAAACCCGGAAAUUUUACACAGGCAAAGCAGCUGUACAAGCAGCAGCAGCGACCCCCAGCAGUCCUUAGAGCAGAAUCCCACCUUGGAGCAGACAUCAGCCUCAGAGGUUCAUCUGGUGCCACUCCCUGCAGACAAGACACAGCAAGGACAGCACAAGAACAAGGAUGUCUCCUCAGAAGGCAGCUGUAGCCAGCAGGAGAUUGAGAAGGUUAAGACAGAACAAGGGUCACACUUGAGAGAUGUGGCUGAGGAAGAUGCUGCGAAUGCUCUUCUAGAACCUCUGUGGCCAGAGAUACAGCAGGAACUGAAAAUUAUCGAACCUGAAGAGGAGCUCUUGCUCUUGCCAGCAGCUGUCCCCAAGGCUGGCCUAAUUUCUGAACCCUCUGCUUCAGUACAAACAGAUAGCUCUUCUUCCGGCCCAGGGCACAAUCCAACACUAUCUGAGCAGAAAUCUGCAAGCCAGACACCACAGACACCAGUUCAGGGGCCUUUAUUUGGUGCCACUGGCUUGGAACGACAGGACAGCCUCCACAGUUGCCAGUCUGAUGUGACUGUACGGCAGAGCUGUGUUGCAGUCCUACCCAAACUGGGUACUCUUCCAACCAGCACAGCUGCUCCAAAGAACCACCAUCAAGUGGUGGAGAGCAUGAGUGAAUGCAUCACUUCUUCCCUGGACUGGAAGCUUCAUAGUCAAUCAGAAUUUAAUGAGGUUGCCCCAAGAGAUGAAUUUUCUUCUUCCAAAGGAUCAUGUACAGAGUUAGGGAGAGAAAAAGAUAACACUUGUAAGCUGCAGAAGGAAAAGGAAAGUCUUACCAGAGUCCAGACUGAGAGGGAGAAGCCUGAGAUAAUAACUGCUGAUGAAAGAGACACAUUAUCCUUCAAGGCACUGAGUGGAGCUGGAAUCCAGGAGCUGAAGGAGGGCAAUGCUGUUAGUAGAAUCCAUGAUGGUGGUGAGCAAGACGAUGAGGAUACCUGGACAGAUAAUGUGCAGAGCUUAGAACUUGUGGAGCCAUGGGAAGAUCACCAGUGGGUUACAAGCCCACUCCAUUCCCCCAUCUUUAAGGACAUUCAGGAGAAGAUGAUACAGGAGUUUAAGCCACAGAAACAAAGAAAAGAGACAGGUCUUUUGCUUAGACCUCGAUUCAGUCGUAGCCUGUCCCUGGACAGUAAAGACACAGUGAUGAGUCUGUGGACUAUCCCAUUCUCUUUCAUAGAUGCCACUGAACCACAGCAACCUUGCAGUGACAUUCUGUCAAUGACUUGUGAGCUGCCCAAAACACAAUCCAUCUCCCCUUCCAGUUUGGGCAAAGCUAAGGAAGAUGAGAACAGCACAAGUCCUCCAGAAGAACCUUCAAAAGCUGAGGAGCUGAGGUAUCCUCUCAGCAGGGAGGAGUCACCAGCUCAGAAAGAAGGACCCUCCAGAAUUCCUCUUUCAGAGCGAGAGGAAAAGAAAGUGGAUGUGAGCAAAGAAAAUGCUUGGAGCUCAAAGCUUGAACUGUCUUUUCCAUACCAAAAUAGCCCAGGCAGUUCAAAGGCAAAGAACACAAAGGAGGAGUUAUUCAUGUCCCAGGACACUGCCGUGGGAGAAGAGACUGUUACUAAAGCAUUGUGCUCUGCCGCUGAGUCACAGCUGAGUAAUAAAGGUGAAGAAACAUCUCGCAAAGUGAAGACUAGGCCAUCAUCCCUCAACUUGGAUUCACUCCUUCCAGGCCCAGACUUCUUCGCCUUUGAGAGUCUGUCCAUGUCCUCUGCCUCUGGAAAUCUCCUGUGUGGGCAGAAAGAAGUGAAAACCAGUGAUUCUGUCCCAUCUCUGCCGACUGCCUGUCCUAUUGCCAGUAAAGGUGUUCCCUGGCCAUCUCAUUUCAAUGCCCAUGGGGAUCUAGACUUGGAUUAUCUGGCAGUGGCCCAUGCCACCACUGGCCGUCGUAAUUCUGCCCCCGUCAGCGUGUCGGCGGUCAGGACCUCCUUCAUGAUUAAGAUGUGCCAAGCUAGAGCGGUGCCUGUGAUACCACCCAAGAUCCAGUACACCCAGAUCCCUCAGCCCUUGCAGGCUCAGAAUGCUGCUCUGCCGGUUGAGAAAAAGGAAGCAGAAGCCAAGCAAGCCAUCAGGCAGACUCAACGUGUGGCCUGGAGCCACCUGGAAACCCCCAAGAGCCCACUGUCAGAGAAGAAAGCCAAAGCAGAGAAAGAAAACAGUGAUCCAGCUCAAAAGGACUCAGCCUGCCCUUGGCACAGCAGCCUUGGUUCUCCACCAGAGCCAUCUCAGUCCAGUCAUUACCCUGCUCUGGAUGCCCCAGUUCUGCGCCGAAAGCGCACCUCUGAGGGGGAGACAGCUGGAGAUAACCCACUGUCCUCAAAGAUGGAGAGGCCGUCAGGAUUCUCCAAGCCUUCCUAUAGAUCUAGGCCUGGGAGGCCCCAGAGUCUGAUUCUCUUCAGUCCCCCUUUCCCCAUUAUGGACCACCCUUCCUCUUCAGCAGACUCCAGGGUGUUGUUAUCACCCAUAAGGAGCCCCACUCAGACCACCUCUUCGAGCCCCAUUUGUGGUGAUCUGUCCGAGACUUCGCGGACAACGCCUGAUGGGGUGAUGCUGCGGAACAAAAUGACCAUCCCCAAGAAUGGCCAAAGACUGGAGACUUCUACCAGCUGCUUUUACCAGCCCCAGAGGCGCUCUGUGAUUCUGGAUGGACGAAGCGGGAGGCAGAUAGAAUAGCAACUGCUUCUCAUACUCCUUUUCCGUGGUGGAUGAGAUCAGAGUGUCCAAGACCAACUCUGUUGCCAUUUCACUGUUGUUAUAACUGUUUUGUGUAAGAUGAACCUGAAUCCUUUAAGGUUUCCUGCAAAGCAUUUUGCUAUGGAGGAUGUUUUUGUCAUGCUUUUCCUUCCUUUUCUCACCACUGCCUAGUCUCUCACUGUCUGCCUCUUUUUUUGUAAGCCAGUCCCAGGGAACUUGCAUUUCCUCAUACUCAUUGUCUAAUAAGCCCUGUAAAAAUCUCAUCCUCCCUUUGGAAAAAAAGGAAAAAUAAAUUUCAGUAUAAUUGGAAAAUAGAACUAGGAGGAAAAACUAUUCCAAAGCACUGUAGUCCAGAGUGCAGUGGCACAUCUGCUGAGGAGGUAAGCCCCAGUGUUAGAGAACUCCUUCCAUUGUCUCCCAGCCACCAGUGAAGGACCAUGUUUGAGUUCAUCUCUGUUGUCUGAUUUAGGCAGUGUAAACAAUCAGGUGAAGGUGAAGCUGAAUCACACGGGGUGUGAGACAGCCGAGGAUGUCUGUGACAUCCACAGUCCACAGUGAUAGACAAACAACCUGAAGGUUCUGCCUCCAGCUCUGUCCUAGCAUCAAAGACGUGCUCUUUCCAGCAUGUGCAAGGGCUGAGAUGAAAGUGACUGGACAGGAAAUACCUAGUUGUUCUUCUAUUCUUCCAAGUCCUGCUCAUAAGUUUUGUCAUGCUCAGCUACACCUUCCUUGGGCAGACAAGAUUCUUGUGGCUGGGGAAUAAGUGUGCAUCUGGCAGCAAGAGCAACUUCUUCUCAGGCUGAUAUCAAUGAAAGCAAAGAUAUGAUGGUAACAAAGGAUGCCAUUAACUAUUUUCUUCCAUGCUUAAAGCCAGAGGACACCUCUGUAACUGUGUCCAGCUGUGCUCCACACUGUCAGCAGCAAAGUGAGAGGAUAUUCUGAUCUUCAUGUCCUCAGGCUGUUGCCCUCUUGCACCCUAACUUAUCUUUGACCCUUCAGUCUUUCACUGCUACUGUGUGGCAUGUUCCCAGGUGCUUCUUCCUCCUUUAACUUUCCUCUCCUUGUGAUUUUACACUGUUUCUUUGAGAUCGUGGUUGGCUGUCACCUCCCUGGCCCUCAGUGCCUUCAGAUUGAUUAAGAGUACGGUAAAGAGGAUGAUUUGUGAGACUGCAGAACAGAUCAUGAACAAAGUCCUGAGAGGAGGAUUUGAAGUGAAUUAAACUCUCUCCUGAAGGACCAUUACUAUUACAGGCAAAUACACAUUCAUAUAAGCAACAGCUGCCAUGGGAAUAGAAGUAAAGAUUCCUUUAUAGAACCUCUAACUUUACAUUCUCUGCUGGCUCAUCUGUUGCCUGAUAUGUGACUGUGGGUGACUGCAAAGUCAGGUACAGCCUGUGCUGUCUCUGCAAUUAAGUGUCACCAGUGACUAUGGAGGAGACGGGAACACAGGUGUUGUUGCCAGCACUGAGCUUGUCCCUGUAAUGGUGCUUGCAGGGGCCAUCAUUCAUGGAAAUGUCUGAGCCCGUAGGCCUCUGGGUAGGCAUUAUGGACUAUAGUUUAAGCAGUAACUGAACAUCUGGUAGGAAGUGCUACAGCUACCACAACGAGUGUCAGUCAGAAUUUCCCAACAGAUGUAUGUUUAAAGCUUUUUUCUUUUCUGAAGUACUCACAUUUUCAAAUUCAACUCAGCCCAUGAGUUCCUGGUCUGUACUGAAUGGGUCGCUUAGUGCUGUUUUGGCUGGAGGGCCCAGAGCCUGUAUGGUGCUUUCUCUGCCGUCUUUGACUGCUGAAGAGGAAUUUCUGGGGCCAUAAAUGCAAGGAAUAUAUCUUCAGCAGAAUUUUCCCUUGCCACAUCCAAAGGCAGCGUGAAAAAACAAGAGGGCUUUUCCCUGUCACCAGCUGUAGUCUUUGAUCCUCCCCACCGUACUCCUUAUUUGUGCAUACUGCCAUAUAAGGGGCAACAGAGCAGAGAACUAAGUCUGUGCUGCCAGUUUUGUUGAGGGAGAGUAUUAAGCCAGAUGGGAGCCUGGAGCUCUUGUUUGGAUCCUUAUUUUCUUACAGAUAUCAGCCUAUGCUUUACCUGGGCAAUCCUUGGACAGCAGGUCCAAAAUAUGUAGCUUCAUGGCAAUUGUAUCAUCCUUCUCCCACACCACAAGAUGCCUGUUCAUCCCUUCAUUAAAACUAGGGGGCUGCCAGUCCUCCAUGCUCCACAGUUACACAGCUCUGAGCUGCAUUUACAUGGCACCCAAACACCUUUUUAAUGCCUCAUGGCAAAGUUUUUAACCACCAUGGCUGCAUCAAAGGCAAGUGUCUUGGGAAGGUGUGAUAUGAGGCACGGUGCUAAGGCUUUGGAGGAAAUAAAAGUUGUGGAAAUGAUGCCCAGGUUUUUUUGGCAUCAACAAAAUAGUUUACUUUGGACAGAGAUUUAUAUUCUCUCAAUUCCUAGAAGUUUUGACUGCCAAGGAAUCUGGAACAGAGCCAGCGAAGCUCACCAAGUAAGGUAUCAAAAGAAAAAGAAAAUGUGAUGAAAUCUUGGCACCUUAAAAUAAUUUUCUUUUUUUUUUUUUUUUUUUUUUCUUCUCAUUAUUCUCAUGUAAGCUGAUCUAUGAACAAGAAAUGAGGUCAGGCAAUUUGUAUAUAAUACACUGUCUCAACUCCUAACUGCGUUCCAGUAAGUAAUAGUGCUUUUGGCAUAAGUGGUAAAACUCCUGCGAGAGAGAAUUAUUAGAAAUCUUUAUUUGAUAUUAAAGAUCAGCCUCAACUAAAAUCUGUAUCCAGACUAUACUUUCUAAGAGUGUUUCAGAAUCUGAGCUCAGAUCUAGGUCCUGGAUUUUAAUUAAGCAGAGAUUCUGUAUUGACAUCUAUAUUUUAUGGCUUAAUCCCAUCUCUAUCUAUAGUUUAAUUUCCAGUCAUCAGCUGACGUGUCAAACUUCCAAGACUCCAUCCGAGUCACUUAAAACAGGCACAUCACUAUAGCUGUAUGAUCAUAAGUCAUCUUGUAAGAGGAAUCUUGAGAGAAAGCCCCAGAUCCUGCAUAGCUGAGAGUCCUUGUUUAGUUGCAAGGCGCACUACUGCAAAGGGAUCACCAUUCCCGAUCCCAGGCCCAGACUUCUGCUGAUUUUGUAAUGCCUGUUGAUAUUGAUUGUUGCAGUCAGCUUCAAGAACCAGAAGCAGAUAGUUGAACAGAGACAGAAGUCAGAAGGCAUCUCCUGUUGAAUGGUGCUGACUGUGUGUUUGGAGCUUCCUGAGAUCCAACUUUGCUGAGACACUGCUGAGGUCAGCUUCAGAGCUAGACCUGAUGUCCUUGCUUCACAGCCCUUAGAUUGUUCUCUGCCACCCUGCAGUGGUCAGUUGAACCUGGGACUGGAAGCUCUUCUGAAGUUCAGGGUUUUGCAGUGGUACAUUAUAGCUACCAAGGUCCUGUCCUCCAACACAUCUCUUCAACAUUAGAGACUUUAAGAAAGAAUUUGAGAUUUUUUUGUUUGGUUUUGGAUUUUUGUGGUUUUGGUGUAUCUCCUUUUCUCUGAAGCAAUAUGGAGAAUGGGAGAUGAGUCUGGCCUAUAAUCUAAAGUUUUAUGUAUAGGAGAGCUAUGUCAGUUUUUCUUGGCAUUGUAGAAAGGACCUUACCAAAUUGUCACAUCAUUUGCAGCUCUGCAAAGAUUGUUUCAGAGACCCUGCAGUACAUUUCCAUUCUCCCGAGAUCAUGAAGAGCCAUUCUGGAGGCCAUUCUCAAGUUUGCUGAUGGCCCCAGUACCAAUGGGACACAAGUGACUAAAUUUUAUUCUUCCCACACAGUGAGGGGGUUUGUGCAGCUUCUCUUAAGUGUAGCUUAACAGCUCUGAGUGAAAAGGUUGGGCUGGAAAACGUGGGAAUCCUCUGAUGGGAAGGAAGGACAUGGAUAAUAUUAGCUCACGUGGGAGCUGCCUUUUAGGCAGGAGAGUAAACAGAAAGCAGGAUUGUAUUUUACCUUAUAAACCACAUUGCUCUGGGCUGUUCAUCCCAUGAUAUCAGUUAAAAAAAAACAACAAAGAGCUUAUUUUUUCACCUUUAGAGCUUCAGAGGAACUUAAGUGUGUGUUAGGGAGCAUCCAUAAAGCCCUGCAACGUUUUCCCUCAUCCAGAGUCCAAAUGGUGCAAUCAAAGUUUUUUUUUCUUUCUUUAUGAAUUCUGAAAUGCCUGUAGUGGUGAAUAUUGUGUUAAAUUUUUUUUAUAUAUAUAUAAAAAAGAACAUUCUAUAUGAAUAUAUUAAAAACAAAAUGUAAUUAUAAUGAAGGAAUUGCCUAAAUAGAAUCCUGCACAUCUGUGAAACUUAGGCUGAUGCAUGGAACAGUUUUCUGCUGCAACUUUUGUAGCAUCAAGGGUAUGAGAGAACUGGCUUUCUGCCCACAGAGGAGAGGCUGAUGAGUUCUAGCUAAUCUGUAGUGGGCAGAAGGCCUGAAUCUGCCUUCCUGAGAGGAAUCACAUCCUGGGAGAGGAGGGAGGAGAUCAGGAAGGACCAGAGCGCAAGGACUGAUUUAGCUUUCCACCACAAGCUUUUCCCCAGUCCUUAAAAAUGCAAACAAUGUACUGGAGCAUAUACUAUCUUUCAGACAUGCCCAGGUUUUGCAGUUAACCCUUUUGCUCCUCUCCAUCUCUAGAAAAAAAAAAUCUCUAAGACUGGGGGAGAUGCUGGAGCUAAUCCCAAUUUGGUUUAGCUUUUGCUUGCUUCUAAUCAAUGUAAAGGCUUGGUGAUAAUUAAUUUUGCUCCAAGCAAGGAAUGGGAAGCUUGCCAUGAAGUUCAACUGGAGAUAGAGCAGGACUUUAACAGCCCUGGAAAGGAAGGACAGAAGGAGGCAAGUGUAUCCUGAGGGCUCCAUGCAGCAGCCCAUAUCUUAGAUUUGUUCUUGCAGGCACUGGUCCACUUUGAUUUACUAUUUGCUGCCAGGUCAAGGGAAGGGCUGGAAGUCAGACACUGUGAAAAGGACUGUCCCCAUCCCACUGGACUUGGUUUGUGACUAUUUCUCCUGCUAGCUCUAAUGGAUUUUAUUUUUGUUAAGCUUUGUUCUCUGUGUGGGCUUGCCUGCCUUUGUGCCUUAUUGCUUUAAAAAAAGAAAAAAACCAUAACAGCUAUUAAAAAAGAAAAAAAAAAAGAUGUUUUGCCAGGUCUCAGCCAUGAGAUUAAACUGGAGUUUUUAUAAAAACA